GGGAAAGAGCAAAAAUUUCAAAUUACUUUACCUGUAAAAAUAAAAUGUUUAGUCACCGAGAGAUUUGCUUCAGUACUGAUGUAAGAGAGAAAAGCCCGCAAAAAGAAAGAAAUAUUUGGCGCAAAGUAAUUUGAUUGGUUGUAAGCAAAUUAAGCUAUUUUAAUCCAAGAUAAAAAUAGCCUGCUUUAGCUAUUUCGAGUUCUGAUAUGUUCCCUUGCCCCGGUAUCCCCUGGGGCUGGGAUCGUACCUCGCACCCCCUUCUAGUUGCUGCCUCCGAAGCUGAUUGACAUAUGCUACAUAGUGCCUGUGAGGUUAAGUUCUGCCCUAGUCCUAGUUAUUACCCACAUUACCUCCCAUAUUGUGUUGUGAAUUCCCAUUUCACCCAGGUAGUCCCUGGGGUUGGUACUGAAAAUACUGUUGUUGCAUGUUCCAAGGCCAGGGAUUGGCCCACCCAGCGUUCCAUCCUGGCAUCCCCUGAGAUGAAGUUGCUGGUUGCAAAUAUCCCCCUUCCCACCAAUUCUUUGUUUGGGGAAUCACUGGUUGUUACCAUUCAUGCUUCCUUUGACCCUCUUCAAUGUCCAAGUCUAUUGGACCCAUCUCUGCGUUACUUUCUACCUCUGACCUAUAUCCUCUUGAAAUCAUUGCUAGAGCUAUCACCAUG